AUGUCUGCCAAGGUUUAUUUUAACGCUUCCUCGCUGGAUAUUGCGGCUAAAGGAUAUUUUACGGCUAUAAAAGACGCACUUAAACCAGAAAAGUUUCAUAUCCAACCACCGACUCCUCAGCUUUUGCGAAAGGCCCAGAAAGCCGCAGGCGAACUCAGACGACCAAUUCCACGUGAUGCUCAGGGCAGAAUUCUUCCACAUCCAAGUAGAGGAACCAAAUCCGACAUUUUCAGGAAAGAAGACUUCUUUGAAGUGGACAAUCAUGCUCUGAAUGCACCUGAUUCCCUUUUGACAGCCAACAUUGAAGAGCUGGUUGACUAUUUGGUGAGUCCUUUCGAAAAUGACGACGUUUCCACCGUGCGCGCCAUUUUCCGCUGGAUUUCGGGUCAAGACCUGCGCUAUUAUGAAAACAAACCAGAAGUUUCUUCCGACUGCGCCGCCUAUUACUUAAACGAACUUAAAAAAGGCAAAGGUCGUUACGACAAACUCUUUAAUCUUAUGUGCGAACAUGCUAGAAUUCCAUCAGCAACAAUCAGCGGACACUCCAAAGGAAUUGGUUAUAAUGUGGGAGACCCACUGUCCCCAAGCACCCGAAAUAUGUGGAAUGCAGUUUUGCUGGGUCAGGAUUGGUAUCUGAUUGAUGUCCACUGGGCCUCCAGGAAAGUAUCUGGAGUGGAGGCUGAAGAAUGGCAACUUAUCGAAUUCAACCGACAACAAUCAAAAGAGAUGUCCACUCCGCAGGACAUAUAUGAAUUUGAUGAAUUCUACUUCCUCACUGACCCUGAAGAGUUCAUUUACAGCCAUUUCCCUGACAAAGAAGUUUGGCAGCUCCUUGCACGACCAAUGACACAUGCCGAGUUUCAAAAAGUCAUUCUUUUGAAACCAAAAUUUUUCCAGUUCAAUUUGAAAGUUAAAAGCCACCCUUGGUGCACUUUGAAAUCUGUAGAUGGUGCUGUUAAUAUUGAACUUACCACAGAGAGAGAAGACUUGUCCUUCUCUUAUGAAUUAUACCGGUCAACCAAAGUAAACUCUGGCCAACAAAGAUUGCAAAAAUAUCUCUUUCUGGAGAGGAACCCUGAAGAAAAAAAAGUGUGCAUAGAAAUAAACUUUCCCACUGCAGGGAAAUUUAAGGCUGAAAUCUAUGCGAAAGACUCCAGGAGCAAAUUGGAAUGGCUUUGUUCAUAUGUAUUAUAUUGUGAAAAGCCCGAGCCUAAUUGUAUGCCAUUACCCACAAACCAGAGAAGUGAAUGGGGGCCUGGUGCUGACAUGAAGAUGGCUGGUAUUAUUCCAUUGACACACAAGAGAGGAAAAAUUUUUGUAGAUAGUGUAGAGACUCAGGUUAAUUUUCAACUGAAAUUUCCUGUUGAACUGAUUGCCCAAUUGAUGACGGUCAAUGAAGAAAAUCUGGAUAACUAUGUUUUGCUUGGUGUAAUGGAUGACACUGCCACUGUUUAUGUCAGAAUACCACAAAAAGGUCAAUAUGCACUCUGUAUUUUUGCCAAAACUGAACCCAACCAGCAACAAUUUGUUAACAUUUGCAAUUAUCUCAUCAAGUGUUCUGAAGACUUUGGUAAAGUCAAACCUUACCCCCAAACAACUAACAGUCGGGUUGGCCCACUAGAUACCUUCCACAAAUUGGGUUUAAAAAUGAAUGACCAUCUUUCAGGAUUGGUGAGUGCCUCAAGAGAUGGCACAUUUACUUUCAGUGUCCUUGUCCCAGAAGGAAUUGAGUAUUUUCCCAAAUUGACUUUGAGCACGAAAGAUGACUUUUCAGAGUACGUUGAUUGGUAUCGAUGUGAUGGUAGCGUGAAUUUCAGUAUUCGAUUCCCCAAUGCUGGUUUUUAUAAGUUCAAUCUUUUCGCCAAAAGUGAACAUGAUGAAGGUGGCUAUCCGGAAGUUCUUUGCCUUGUCUUGGAAGUUGUAUGGCCUAUGGUUGAUUGUUUGCCAUUUCCAAAGAAAUUUGCCAGUUACAAAGAUAUUUACCGAAUUGUCAAACCAAAUCAACGACUGCUUGCUAUUGGCAAAAUAGAAAAAGUGAAUGUCUUUUUGCCAGAUGCCGAAGAAGUUGCUUUCAUUGAUGGUGGAUCAUGGACUCGUCUUGUGAUGAACGAGAAUGGUAUGUGGGAAGGGCAGAUAACUCCAGUCGGAACAGCAGAGACAAUUUCUAUGGCAGCAAAUCUGUCUGAAACCGGGGCGAAGUUUUCAGCAAUCACGUCAUUUGAGGUGAUUUCUGAGAAAGAUUUAAAUCACAUCUUCUUGGCCCAAAAGCUCUCACGUGAAGAAGCUGACCAGGAAUACUUAGAGCAAAUGUCUCUUCAAAAUAAUGCCAGUAAAAAGUCCCAGGAACAUAUGCAUUGGUUUAACGCUGCUCCGCCGCCACCCCCAUCACCCGAGGAUGAUUUUACUGAACAACUCAUCAAGAAAGUAUCUGAAAUGGAAAAAUCUGUUGAAAAAGAAGAGUUGGCUUUGAAACACUUCUCUUAUAAAGAACUGAAAGGAACGGACGAAAAUGUUUUAAGACAGCGGCCCCUAGCAUCACAACCUGUAACUAUUGAUCAAGCUGCAGCUGAAGACAAGGGACCUGCUUACAUUACUCGGCCUUCUGUAGAGGUGGAUCAGGAAGACGAAGAAGUUCCGCUCAUAAAAUUCGUCGAAUAUUUCAUUUAUUCCAUCUCUCUUCUGUCAAUAUUAUUUUAUGUCUAUCGCCUGUUGAGUUGGCGUCCAUAUUGA